AUGGACUGCAUACCAGAGGAACCCUUCCAACACUCAGAAGAGGACACCAGCGAGUUUUCAUCAGCUGCAUCUCUGAGCCGGCAGUGUACGGAAUUCAGCGAUGUUGUGGCACAGGACUUGAUGUCACGACAGCUGACUGAUUUUGCAAUGAGGCAAGGAGACUUUUGGGUUCGCAAGUGCAGCGAGCCUGUCCCCUUCACUGGGGCAAAGGGCUUGGAUUCAAAGCAAGGGGAUUUCCGCCGGCAGAGCUCUUGUCCACCAUUGCGCUCUCAGGGUCUUUUUUCUCCUGAGCCCAUCGAAGAAAGAGAGUCUGAGGAGCAAGAGAGCCAGGGCCAGCUGGAGUCAGAGGAGGAGGAUGACCUAGUCUCCAGGGCCAUUUGCUCUGCCGUCGCAGACUGCGACUUUAGCGUUGCUGUAGCGGACCCGACCGCCCUAGAUGCAGAGUUGAUCGCCGUUUCAGAGGGCUUUGAGCGACUCACUGGCUACUUGCGCGAAGAGGCAGUUGGCUGCAAUUGCCGCUUCCUCUCCGAGGGCUGUCCACCGCCCGACUUGAUUGCGCAGCCUUUACGUGAGGCAACCGACACUGGGGCGCCCUACAGUUGUAUUCUGGUGAACAAGCGAAAGACAGGUCAUUUUUUCUUGAACCUCCUGUCUCUUCGUGGUUUGGUCGUGGCCAGACAUGCCAAGACUGGGGAGGAGAUUUGGAUACUCGUGGCUGUCCAGCAGGAUGUCACUGGAGUGGAACCAGAUUCACUGCCUUCAAGCGACGCCUUGCUGUCCAAGGUGGCUGGCCGCAUCCUGCGGAGGCUGCUGAAAUAUGCAACUGAAAUUGGCAUUGCCAGCCUCAUUGAGGCAAAAAGCAGAGGCUGUGGGAUGUGCCCCCCUCGUGGCCAGGUUGGCAUGCAAUUGCUUUCUGAUGUGAUCUGGAAAAGUGGUGAUCCUUUGGGGCCCUUGCAUAUCCUUGCAUCAUUUUUUGCAACACCAGACUGA